AUGAGCUACUCUUUCACCGUUCAGCGUGGAUCCGCGAGUGGAAAGGUCGUGGAAGCCACUUCACAGCGCCAGUUAGGCCGCAAUGAAGCCUAUCUCAAGAUCACUCACUCCGGCGUAUGUGGAACAGAUGAACACUACCUUCGUGCCGGCAAUGCUCUGGGCCAUGAAGGCGUAGGCAUCGUCCAGGCUGUCGGCUCUGCUGUGACUGCUGUCAAAGUUGGCGACCGAGUCGGCUUCGGCUGGGUCCACAAGACUUGCGGACACUGUCAGCCCUGUCUUACCGGGCUGGAUGUCUACUGCGAGGACAAGACAGAGUUUGGAUCUCACGACCACGACGUUGGCUCUUUUGCCAGCCACGCAGUCUGGGAUGCAGAUACUCUAUACAAGAUCCCCGACGGCCUCGACGGGGCUUAUGCUGCUCCUCUGAUGUGCGGUGGCGCUACAGUGUGGUCACCGUUCGCCUUGUACGGUAUCAAGCCGACCGAUCGAGUUGGCAUCGUGGGCAUCGGAGGGCUGGGACACUUGGCGAUUCAAUUCGCCGCCAAGAUGGGAUGCGAGGUCGUCGUCUUCUCAAGCAGCGAGUCCAAGAGAGAGGAUGCGAUUAAGUUGGGUGCGACCGAGUAUCAUGUCUUGACUGCCGAGUCUUCACUCGAGGGCAUCAAGCAAGUGAACCACAUGCUGCUCUGCGGAAGUGCGCAGCCAGACUUCACGCGAAUUAUCGAUCUCACCGCCACGGCUGGCAGAAUCUACGCUUUGAUCGUUAGCUUCGACACAUCUGCGGUUCCCAUGAUGGGCUUGUUGGGUCGAGGCAUUAGCAUACAAGGCUCUGCAGGGGCACCCCGGGCUGAGAUCCAGAAAAUGUUGGAGUUUGCAGUCCGCAAUGAUGUCAAGCCCACCAUCAUGAAAUGGCCCCUUACCACGAAAGGCGUAGAAGAGGCAAUGCAGACGUUGCGAGAGGGGAAAAUGAGGUAUCGCGGUGUCUUAGUGGCCCAGGAGUAG